CAUACCUUCACAGUCCCACCCUGCGAGGUGGUUCACGCAGAGACUGGCCGGGUUGGCGCGAGCAGUGAUUUGGUGGGAAAUGUGACUGGAUGGCUGCAGCAAUGUCUCUGGAUACCAGUUGCUGGGGUUCAGGACAGGAGUCGGCGAGGGCUGUCGCGCUCACGCCCAGCUUGUGGGCUCCCAAGCCGCCUCUGAUUGGCCGUUGCGGGGAAAAGGGUGCACGACUAGAUGGUCUUUGCUCUGAUCCAGCAGGCAAGCUCUUCGUAGGUUCUCAUUUGUAGGAGGGAGACUCCCCCAUGUUUAAAACCACGCAGAAAAACGUGGUUCCGAGAGUAUCUGGGCGCGCACACAUCUCCUCCAAAAAGUCCAGCACCUCCCCCUCCUCUUCUUACAGAGAAAAAGAAAAAAAAGGAGAGGGGGAAACGUCUGGUUCCCGCCGCUCCCACGAGGCCGAGAGGCGUUUGCAAACUUUGCAGCCGGAACGGGCCCCGCAGCGCCCUCCGCCCUCCUCCAGGGCUUUGCGCACGAGUCCGCGGCGUUUCCACACGGGCUGCUGCUUGCCCAAGCCGAGAUAAGAGGCUGCUGCGAGCGGCGCUGGCCUUUCGCGGUCUGGAGGCUCCACAGGCGGCCGGGAAAGGGGGACGGCACGCCGGAGAGGGCGACAGAUCGGAGAGCCCCGGCGAGAAAGAACGAUCCGGUGUGCACCUGCCGGCGAGGAUGGAGCCCGGCGCGGGAGAAAAGAGCCAUUUGCUCGACGGGGUGGACCAAGGCAGGUCUUACUUAGGAGUUGUGGGGAAGAACUUCCAUGGGCCAAUGGUCGGCUGUGUUCCAAACCUCGCCUCCAUCGAGCUGGGCCUGAAGGGAACCCAGCACUGCCAUUCCAGCUGGGCAUCGAACAGCAGCUACGAUGCGGAGAAAGAGAGAGCCCGAAAGAAGCUCUACCUGGCCUCUGCCAUCUGCUUGAUCUUCAUGGUGGGGGAAGUUGUGGGGGGAUAUUUUGCCCACAGCCUGGCCAUUAUGACGGAUGCCGCCCACCUACUGACCGACUUUGCCAGCAUGAUGAUCAGCCUUUUCUCUCUCUGGAUGUCAUCUCGGCCACCUACCAAGACCAUGAAUUUUGGCUGGCAUCGAGCAGAGAUUUUGGGAGCCCUGCUGUCUGUGCUGUCUAUCUGGGUCGUGACUGGCGUCUUGGUCUACUUAGCGGUGCAACGGCUGCUCUCAGGAGAGUACGAGAUAGAAGGGGAUGCCAUGCUCAUCACCUCUGGCUGUGCCGUGGCGGUAAACAUCAUCAUGGGCAUUGCCCUUCACCAGUCAGGACAUGAUCACAGCCACCACAGUCAUGGCGAGGGGCAUAAUACUAGUGUCCAGGCUGCCUUCAUCCAUGUGGUUGGGGAUUUUCUGCAGAGCAUUGGAGUCUUAGUGGCAGCCUAUGUCAUCUACUUCAAGCCAGAGUACAAAUAUGUGGAUCCCAUCUGUACCUUCCUGUUUUCCAUCCUGGUCCUUGGGACGACCCUGAGCAUCCUGCGCGACGUCGUCCUUGUGCUGAUGGAAGGAACCCCAAAGGGUGUAGAUUUCAAUGAUGUCAAGACCAUCCUGCUGUCCAUCAAUGGGGUGAAAGCCCUUCACAGCCUCCAUAUAUGGGCUCUAACGGUGUCUCAGCCGGUGCUGUCUGUCCACAUCGCAGUCAACAAAGAUGCAGAUGCGCAGGCAGUCUUGAAGGAAGCAAGUUCGCGCCUGCAGAGAGCCUUCAAUUUCCACACCACAACCAUCCAGAUUGAGAACUACUCCGAGGACAUGAAAGACUGCCGAGAGUGCCAGAGCCCCUCUGACUGACUUCUUUUCUGUUUUGUUUUUUAACACACUGAGGAGAGUCGUGAAGCAACCAGUAGAUGGACAUCUGGCCUUGUCGAAGCUACCUCAGAGUUUGGGUGGGGGCCUUUGGCUCUCCAGAUUUUGUUGAACUACAGCUCCCAUCAUCCCUAGCUGUUGGCCAUGCUUGCUGGGGCUGAUGGGAGUUGUAGUUUAUAUCUGGAGGGCCUUGGGUGCCCCAGACCUGCACCACCUCACGGCCAAAUAACACAUCCAGAGUCUCUUAAGGGGUGAUUCUUCAUCCCAAUGAAAAGAAUCACUGUCUUUCUAUAUCUCCCUCCCUCCCUCGCUCCCCCUUCCUUCUUGUUUGUGUCGUCUUCUCAUCCCAAUUCAGAAAUAAUAGUUUUAUAAGAAUCUGAAAAUAAAAUGGUGGGUGCUCUCUGCCUAUUUAUUGA